AUGGAGCCAACGGCGCCCCUGAAGCGUGCGCAAGCAGCUUUGACCCGGGUGACGGACUUUGGGUCCAAUCCCUCCAACGUCAAGAUGUACAUCUACGUGCCCAACAGGCUGGCGACCAAGCCGCCGGUCAUCGUGGCGAUCCACUACUGCACGGGCACAGCGCAGGCAUACUACAGCGGCUCGCCCUAUGCCCAACUUGCCGACCAGAAGGGCUUCAUCGUCAUCUACCCUGAGUCUCCAUACAGCGGCACCUGCUGGGAUGUGUCGUCACGGGCGACCCUCUCUCACAACGGCGGCGGCAACAGCAACUCCAUCGCCAACAUGGUCAAUUACACCCUGAACAAGUACAAUGGCGACGCCAGCAAGGUGUUUGUCACGGGCAGUUCGUCAGGCGGCAUGAUGACGAACGUCAUGGCGGCCACAUACCCCGAGAUGUUUGCGGCAGGUAUCGUUUACUCGGGAACCGCAGCGGGUUGCUUCUACAGCCAGUCGGGCGGCGUCGCGCAGUGGAACAACUCCUGUGCUAACGGCCAAGCCCGCGGGACUCCUCAAGUCUGGGCCAAGAUGGUCUUUGACAUGUACCCGGGCUACAACGGCCCGCGGCCCAAAAUGCAAAUCUACCACGGCUCGGCCGACACGACGCUUAACCAAAACAACUACAACGAAACCAUCAAGCAGUGGUGCGGCGUCUUUGGCUUCGACUACACCAAGCCCGACCAGACCCUGGCAAACACCCCGCAGAGCCGCUACACCACCUACACCUGGGGCGAUGGCAAGCUGGUCGGUGUCUAUGCCUCGGGCGUGGGCCACUCGGUGCCCAUGCGCGGCAGCGACGAUAUGAAGUUCUUUGGGCUCUAG